CCUGCUGUGGUUUCACUUGAUUUUUUUGUCUUAUCUCUCUCGUACAGAGAUAUAAGUGCUUCUAGCUGUAUUCGAUCCAGGGUGUUGCAAGACUUUGAAGCAAGCUUGGCCGUGUAAAGACAAUUCUGUCAAAAAAAGAGAAACAUCGUGAUAGAAACUCAAUUCACACGUCGAAUUGUCAAGUGACUUUCGAAAACUGUGCACUUUUAAGUGGCUGUAAAUGCAAUUUACAUGUUCUCGCUAAGCAACUGUUGACACGUACUCUGUCAUCUUCGGUUUUCUUGGUCAAGAUUCACCGCGAUUCAAUUGCUGCUGAAAAAAUUUCUCCUCACGCGUUUAAGUCACCUCGACCUCAGAGCAUGUCCUUUUCAAGUGCAAUGCGAGGCGGAAUCAUCGUGGCAGUUCUUGUCCUCCUGAACGCUUCUCUGCACUUGGCAGAUCGCCGACCUAAACCAAAAGGAAGCGUGGACCAAGUUACGUCGAAGAGGCUUCCACCGAGAAAACCAAGGCCGACGAGUUCUCCCAUGAACCAUGUCGCACAGUGUGAUGGAGAGAGUGUGCCAAUUCUACCCCCAAGUUUCACAUACCCCGGCUCUUUGUGGUCCGUCAGGGCCUUGAUGUUUUUGCAGAUCUUACCUGAUGGCACUGUGAACGGAACCUUGGAAUCCGCGAAUCACUACGCAAGGCUGAACAUCCAGAUUGUCAGUGAAAAUGGAUGUAUGGUGCGAAUAAGAGGCGAGGCUAGUCAGCUAUAUCUUGUCAUGGGAGUGAAUGGUACUCUGUCCGCCCAGGUGUGUAUAGUUUUCUCAUUUCUUUCAGUGUCAGUUUUAAGACUUUGUUGUUGCAUCAAGACAUCGGCGCCUAGUAGGUGAUUUUCUUCGCUCUCACAACCUGUCUGCUGUACAACGUUUUGAUCUUGUAAGGGGUGAACCACUUGACUUUUUAGGGGCGGG